AUGAGCUCGCAUACUUCUUUCCUUCCAUUAUCCUCCCCAUCUGAUUCGCCCAAGGUCCUACUACCGCGGCGCCCCAGUCUAGAACCGGACCGCGAUAUCCUUACGACCCGCGGUCAGCGCAUCUUGACCUUCUUGCCUAGUCGCACAUCCAGCCCAGCUCUACAAGACCCCAGCGAAGAAUCCAUACCACCAGGAUCAGUUCGCCGAGGCCCCUUGCUCAUUGGACACAAAAAUGCCCGAUAUGAAUGGCAACGCUACUAUCGGUCGCCCGAGUCAUUAAAGGGUCUACGAAGACCACUACGAGAGUACUACGAAAACAACAAUGUGUUGAUCUCCCAAUAUCUUUACAUCGAUCGCCUACUGGACUCUUCUCUCCCACAUAACCUGAUCGAAGACUACAAUGGAUGUCACCACCAUGCGCCAGCAGAACAGGAUACUCUCCAAACAGACAUCACCCCCGAUCAACGUAGUCAACCGUCGAAGGGUUCCAGAAUCAAGCGCACGCCCCACAAUCUAUACCGUAUCCCCGAUGAAACGGCGCCGUUGCUUUCACCACCGUCAGAGGAACCAUCCACCCACCACUCCAUACAGGACCUCGAGUCCCACGGAGCCAUGUCGCCAGAAAAGGAGGAGAAACUAAUCAACCUAGCCAUCCGCGUCAACUUCGCGGCAAAUGUCAUUCUCCUCGGUUCCAAGAUUGGUAUCAUGGCUUUGACAAGCUCCAUGUCCGUCCUAGCAGGCCUUGUGGAUGGAGUACUGGAUUUUCUCAGCACGGUCAUCAUCUGGAUUACGAUGACCCUUAUCCAGCGACAGGAUCGGAAUCGAUACCCAAUCAGUCGUCGUCGACUGGAGCCGUUGAGUGUGUUGGUUUUCUCUGUCAUCAUGGUUACGUCUUUCUUUCAGGUUGCGCUGUCGUCUGUCAAUCGGUUGAUGGGGGAGGAUCAUGCUGUCGUGGAGCUUUCGAUACCGUCUAUUUCACUUAUGGCUGCGACGGUUGUCAUCAAGUUGCUUUGUUGGAUUUGGUGUCGACUUAUUCCUAGCCCAAGUGUACAAGUGCUUGCACAGGAUGCCAUGACGGAUGUCAUCUUCAAUACGUUUAGUAUUAUCUUCCCGUUGAUUGGAGCAUUUGCACACCUUUGGUACCUGGAUUCCCUAGGAGGUGUUUUCCUCUCCGUCUAUAUCAUGUGGAAUUGGGGCGAGACGGCCGGCGAGUACAUUCGCCGUUUAACGGGUGCAGCUGCCUCCGCUACUGAUCACAGUAUUCUGCUGUACAUGACUAUGCGUUUCUCGCGGGUUAUCCAAAAGGUUCAGGAUCUCAAGGCUUACUACGCUGGUGACAAGCUCAAUGUCGAGGUAGACUUGGUUGUCGAUGAGCGGACUAGCCUUCGGGAUAGCCAUGAUGUGGGAGAGAGCCUGCAAUACAUCUUAGAGAGUGUACCGACCGUGGAUCGUGCCUUUGUCCAUCUGGACUAUGACGAGUGGAACCUCCCAAGCCACAUGAACCAGCUGGAUCGGUGA